GUUCAUUCACACUAAUGGCCGAAGAGAGAGAUCAGGCCAUGGCGGAUCAUCAGCAGCCGCCCCCGCCGGCUGAUCCUCCGCCGCCGAUGCAAUCUCCACCGAGAGCGACGACUCCAACGACGCCGGCGAACAAUCAGAAUCAAGAGAUGGAGGAAAUGCUGGCGUGCGUGACGGCGCUAGAGGCGGCUCUGCUUCCAUGUUUGCCUGCGAGAGAGCUUCAGGCCAUCGACCGCUCUCCCCACCCUUCUCAUCAAAUUGACGUGGAACGGCACGCCAGAGACUUCAUGGAAGCAGCCAAAAAGCUGCACUUGUAUUUCAUCAGUCUAAAGCGAGAGGAUCCACCCACAAGAGCAGAAACCCUUAGAAAGGAAAUCGCUGGAAUGGAGGAAGAGCUGAAGACGAAGAUAGAGCUUAUCAAGAAGCAUGAGAGGCUUAUCCAGGAUUGGAGGAAGGAGAUUAAAGAGCAGUUAGACAAGCAUAGGAUCGAGCUGGAGAGAGUAUGAGAAUGACGACCAGGUCUGCUGAUUGUGGUGAAUGGAGACAAUGAAAUGACAAACGGGUUAGAGAUGUAUCCUUGACCUUGAAAGAAACAGACAGACCUUUGUCUCAAGUUUUAACGAGUCACCAUGUUCUGUUCUC